AUGGAGCGCGCUCCAUCACGCCAAGCAUCUCGUAUAGAGCGCGCACCUAGUAGGGCCGCCAGCAGAACAUCAACGACCAGUGAUGCGGCUUCAAACGUGCGAGUUGUAGUGAGAUUCCGUCCGCUCACUUCGUACGAGGAUGAUUCAGGUGAAACAGCAGUUCAGAUUCAAUCAGAAUCGCAGUGCCAAGUACACCAUGAUGGACAAAACUUUGAUUUUGCAUUUGACAGGGUAUUUGGACCGCAAUCUACACAGGAAAUGGUGUUUGAUUACUCUCUUCGUCAGACGGUCGACGAUGUGCUGAGAGGAUACAACGGCACAGUUUUAGCAUACGGCCAGACAGGUGCUGGCAAAUCUUAUACCAUGAUGGGGCCCGCGCUCAGCGGGGAACUGUGUGGUGCUAUCCCUCGCAUCGUCAAUCGCUUGUACGAUGAAUUGACUCGCAAUGACGAUAUCGAGUUUGAGGUCAAGGUCUCGUAUCUGGAAGUUUAUAAUGAGCGAGUCAAGGAUUUACUUGAGCCGGCGAACGAUAACUUGCCUGUUCAUGAGGAUACUCGCUCAUCUAGUUUCUAUGUCAAGGGCCUCACUACAAUUUCCGCUCCCACCGCAGCGAUUGUCUACGAUACGUUGGAGAAAGGUUCACGGAAUCGAGCUACUGCGUCCACCAAUAUUAAUCAGGAGUCCAGUCGCAGUCACUCGAUUGUGUCUCUGAUCGUCAACCAAAAAAACAGGCUGACUGCAGAGCACAGACGAGGACAGUUGUUUUUGGUCGAUCUUGCAGGGUCAGAGAAAGUCCGAAAAACCGGCGCAGUUGGCCAAGUCUUACAGGAGGCCAAAAGUAUCAACAAGUCGCUGUCUACUUUGGGUAUGGUUAUCAACGCGCUAACCGAUAGCAAAAGUCUACACGUGCCAUACCGUGAUUCAAAGCUCACCCGCAUUCUCCAGGAAUCUCUAGGCGGCAAUUCGCGGACUUCGCUUAUUGUAAACUGUUCUUUGUCGAGUAUCCACUCGAGUGAAACAUUAUCAACGCUGCGCUUCGGUGUUCGAGCAAAGGCUAUCCAGAACAAAGCCACAAUUAAUGCUGAAUUCGACUCUCGGGCCAUCACACCUCGGCAGGUAUUUCUAUUGCAGCAAUAUUCAGAUGCUCUUCAGAAAGAAAUAAUCAGAUGGCGAGCUGGCGAGCGUGUUCCACCAUCUGAAUGGGCUGAAAUGGCACCGCAACCGCCUGUGGCUGCUGCAUCUUCGGCAAGUGUUCUUCGGCGGCCCAGCUCGGCCUGCUCUCGAGCUGUCACAGGUAACAACAAUACAAAUGACGCCAAAAUUGUUUCUUUGGAAACACAAUUAGAAGAUCAACUGCUUCAGGCCAAAGCUAGCAAGGAUCAGCUGGCGGAUCUGUUUAACCAGCUGCAACUCAAGUGCGCACAAAUCGAGGAUCUAGAAGUAAAGCGUGGGGAAAUGGAUUCUGAACUCAAACAACGAGACGAAGUUAUUGAACAACUCCAACUACAACUCGAACAGCUCCAGGUGCAUUUGGAGAAGCUUCAAGAUCAAGUCGACCGCGCCCAGGAGUACACGGAAGAGGAACGUCGCAACGUGCAUAUCGCCACCAUGAAACAUAAUAUACGGGCACUGAGCGAUAUGCGGAAUAGCCUUCUUGAACAGAACAGCAAGUUGACCCGGCAGCAUGUGGUUGAUUCACGUAAACUUGAAUGGCGUCAAACUCGUAUCCUGGAGCUCGAAGCGGAGCUUGCUGCGUGCGAGAAACAAGGUAAUGAGGAAGAAGAGCUACUGCGUAAAAAGUUGCGGACUCUGGAGCCCAAACUUUUGCCCAAAUCACCCACCCAACCAGCCCUUUCUGUGCUGGCUCCAACUACCAUGCUCAUUUAG